CCAUCCUGCGCAAUAUCUCCCAGAUUUGCACCUCAGGCACCGCGAGUCUCAUAUCUGUAGUCUGACGUAUAAAGUACUUCUUUUGCUGCCUGCCGGGGGCAACAUGCGCUUUUUUUCCGACGCCCUUCCAAACCAAAGUGCUUCACAUUCUAGGCGAGAAAAAAAAACAUUCGAAGGAUUUGCCCGUCUCACCAAUUAAAUCAAAAAGAAAAUCCUGGUUCUGCCUCUUGCUCAUGGAAUUCCAGAUCCAGCUUUAAACCUCUUCAGUUCCGCCAUACAUAUUGCGCUGGUUUGUAGCUCUCGUGCACAGACUCUCGGAGCUAUCAUCAUACUCAACUUCACCUUUACUUGCAUCUAGCAUCCACAGGCUCCAGCACAUCUUUUGAACGCCUCGAGCUUUUCUUCCUUUGCGUACCAUGGACCAACUGUAUACCAUGGACACUGUCAACCAGAAGCAGCCGCCCGGACCGCAAAUGCGCAGAGGCUACUAUGGAGAUGACCACGAGCUCUUCCGCCAAAACUCAUCCUUGGACUUGAAGUACCCGUUUCCCCAGCCGCACCUGUUCCCGCCCAGCCUGUCGGUAAGGGGAGGCCCUUUGAAAAUGCCCUCUUCGUUCCCGUUGGACGGAAACAUGGGACAAGACAGCCAGGCUACAGACCCGCGGUAUGUGCCGCAGGAUUUCGUUCUGCUGGCUCGCGAGCUGGAAGACAAGAGAUACAAGAACCACUACGGGUUUCUGGGCUCGCAGGGCCAGGGCACAGCCUCCCUCAACAAUGGCAUCAACCCUCCGCCGGGCAUGAACGCUUUUUCAAAUGGCGCUGGCGCCACGUCUUUCAAUGUGCUCAAUCUCCCGCCGGCGGCCGCGCCGGUAUAUGCGAAGACCCCGGGACCCGACGGGCUUGUGGCCCCCAUCCCGCCGUUGCACGUGCAACACGAGCAUUCGUCCAAGGAGGACGCCGACAUGCCGGAAACCGGCGAAAACACCAUCCACAGCAAGUGCUCGCGGUGCAAAAAGGACUUUGUGCAGAGGCUCAGCGCGCCGCAAGACAACGGCAAGGGCAAGAGCAGCGAGCCCAAGAUCUUCAAGUUGUGUUUCCACUGCCGCGACUUGCAGAGGCAGCGGUCGCGGCGAUGGCAGAUGAAAACCAAGGACAAGCAGGGCGCGUGCCGGCGGUGUGGCAGCGAGAUCCCGGUGGACCAGCAGCGGUUUGUGUUGUGCCCGCAGUGCCGCAAAAGCCUAAGAAUACGAAAGGCCAACCGCGCCGCGCAGGGCCGGUGUGUGCACUGUUCCGGGCCCAUCAGCUCGCUGAUCAUCAAGGACGACAGUGCCGAUGGGGACUCGUCGGAGGAGCCGGAGAGCCGCCGGUCCUCGGAGGCGGGGUCCUUCAAAGUGUGCCAGCGAUGCCGAGAAAACGACAAGAUCCGGCGCAACAACUUGGAGCGCAUGGGCAACUGCAACCGCUGCGCCAAGGCCUUGGACCCGGACGAGCAGGGCCGGCACAAGGUGUGUUUCACGUGCCGCCAGAAGAAGAAGAAACAGGGCGGCGUGCCGCCGUUCGGCGCCGGCGACGCGCCGGCGGGCGUGCAGAUGCACAUGUCUCAGGGGACGCAGAUGCUUUCGGGCACGCAGCACAUGCAGCAGCCGCCUUUGCUCCAGCCGGGCCAGGCGUUGCAUCAUGCGUCGCAGAUGGGCUCGCAGAACCCGGGCUCGCACAUGCACGACAUGGGGCAGAACGUGAUGGUGCCGUCCAUGAACUACGUGCCCAUGGAACAGAACACGAUGCUCAUGCACCCGGGGGCAGGCGGCUACAACGGCGCGGGCGUCUCGGUGCCUCUGCAAGAGAUGCACAUGGGCUACGCGCAGCAGAUGCAGCCCAUGGUGCAGGGGUCGGGCGACAUGUACAAGCCUCCCAUGACGCAGCUUCCUCUGUUGCAGCCGCACAUGGACCUGGGGUACCAGCAGUUCAUGGGCUACCCGCCGGUGGGCCGCAACGGGCUCCAUUACUCGAGCAACCGCAUGUGACGGGCGACAGGUGAUGAAUGAGGUGGCAAUAGUGGUAUUAGGGACAAGUGACAAGUGACAAUAGGGACAAGUGAUAUUAGUGAUGUUACUGAUAUUAGUGAUAUCAGUGACAAAAGACAAGUGAUGUUAGCGAUGGUAUUGAUAUUAGUGAUAUUAGUGACAUCAAUGAGAAUAGCGACAAUAUUGACAAUAGUGACAAGUGACAAGUGACAAGUGACAAUAAGGACAACUAGAGUGAUAUCCAAUAGUGACAACUAGUGGAAUUCGUCUUGUUAGUGAUGUUGAUAGUGACAUUAGAGACUUUCGUGAUAUCAGUGGCAAUUGGUGACAAUAGUGACAAGUGAUAUUAGUGAUAUUAUUGAGAGAGUGACAAGCGACGAUAGUGACAAGUGAUAUUAGUGAUAUUAGUGAUAUUCUUGAUAUUAGUGCGAUCAAUGACAAGCGAUAUUAGU